CCCCGCCAUGAGACUCGGGGCUGGAGCGUGGGGUCUCGGGCAUUAGGGUCCUGGACGGGGGCUGCUCACCGGCUGCCCCGUCCCCGGCUGGACGCCAUGGAGUCCAACCUGCAGGGGACGUUCCUGCUGAACAACACGCCACUGGCUCAGUUCUCGGAGAUGAAGGCCCCGGUGUGCCAGUACUCGGUGCAGAACUCCUUCUACAAGCUCAGCCCGCCGGGGCUGGGCCCCCAGCUGGCCGCCGGGACCCCCCACGGGAUCACGGACAUCCUGAGCAGGCCGUUGGCCACGCCGAACAGCAGCCUCCUCUCCAGCUACCCCCACGUGGCAGGCUUUGGUGGACUCGGCUCCCAGGGGGUCUACUACGGCCCCCAGGUGGGCAAUUUCUCCAAGGCCACCAGCGAGUAUCCAGCCCGGACCCGGAACUGCUGGGCGGACACGGGCCAGGACUGGCGAGGCGGGCGGCAGUGCAGUAACCCCUCAGACCCCCUGAGCGACAGCAUCCAUAAGAAGAAACAUACCCGGCCCACCUUCACGGGGCACCAGAUCUUUGCCCUGGAGAAAACCUUUGAGCAAACCAAGUACCUGGCUGGCCCAGAGAGGGCACGGCUGGCCUACUCGCUGGGAAUGACCGAAUCCCAGGUCAAGGUGUGGUUCCAGAACCGGAGAACCAAGUGGCGCAAGAAGAGCGCCCUGGAGCCCUCGUCCUCCACGCCCCGCGGCCCCGGCGGCGCGGGCGCGGGCGGGGACCGCGCGGCCUCGGAGACCGAGGACGACGAGUACAACAAGCCGCUCGACCCGGACUCGGACGACGAGAAAAUCCGCCUGCUGCUCCGCAAGCACCGCGCCGCCUUCUCGGUGCUCAGCCUGGGCGCGCACGGCGUCUGACGCCGCCGGCCCCGCCCCCGGCCCGCCCCCGGCUUCGCCCCCAACCCCUUCCCCGGGGAAGCUGCGGGCCCCGGGCAGGGAGAGCAGGAGGAGGGGGGCGGGGAGGAGCGAGAAGACGCAGGAAGGGGAGCCGGAGGGGGACCGGGAGGAGGAGGAGGAGGAGGAAGAGAGGCCGCAGGAAGAAGGGAAGAAGCACAAAGGGGAGGAAGAGGUGUGGGGAGGGUGAGGAGGAGGAGGAGGCGGGGCCAGGCCAGCUGGGGAGGAGGGGGGAGGAGGGCCACGAGCCGCUUCCUGGGUUCUGCAAACCCCACGCCAUCCUGCCCUGCAGGGCCCGCCGUAGACAGGGGUCCUAAGUGGCCAGGCUCCGCAGCUGGCCCCUGCAUGGGGGGGCCUUCCCUCCACCUCCCCCCGCCCCGGGGGCAGCACAGGGCAGGGUGGUCGGCCCACAGCAGCUGCUGCAGGCUGCGGAAGAAACAGGUGGAGGCGGUGGGCCCCCGGUGGUCCUAAGCCAAAGGGCAGCAUGGCGGGGGCGGGGCUGGGGCGACGGGGUGAGGCUGGCCGCGGGGAGGGGGUGUCGCAGCCCAGGGGGAGAGUUUGCACAUGCGCAACGGCUUUUUUUUUUUUUUUUAACUAAAA